AUGGGUGUUGUGGCUCGCAAUGAACGAGGGCAGGUGCUGGUCGUACGAAGCUUGGUCAAACCAGGCAGACUCUCCCCUCUAGCAGCAGAGGCGUGGGCUGGAGGGCAAGCUCUAAUAUUUGGAAAAGAUGUGGGACUAAGGAAGAUCAUCUUGGAAGGGGACUCGAAGCUCAUGGUGGCCACUGUUAAUGGCAGAGAUGCUAGUGGGAGGGGUAUUGGGCAUUUGAUCGAAGACAGGUAUAUUCUGCUACAGCCUUUCAAUGAUUGGAAGGUGAUGGCGGUUCGAAGGUCUGCGAAUCAAGCGGCCCAUGAGGUAGCAAGGAUGGCCAUUCGGGCGAACACAGCGUGGACAUGGCAUUUUGCAUAUCCUGAUUGUAUUCAUGAGAUCAUUAUAGGGGAGACUCCCUCCUCUAAUAGUGUUUGA